AUGGCCUCUGCCGAAAUCACCGUUUCGCCCAACACGCCGAUGCCCAAGGGCUACAAGCUUCUACGCAAAGGCUACCCCUUCAUGACGGCGCUGUGCCGACGCAAAACGCUCGCGGCGGGCCAGACGCUCUAUGUUGUGCGAGCCGGGUCCAGGAUGCAGGGUCUGCGCGCACCCAGACACAUCAUCAACGAGUGCUACAAGGAGGAGGAGCGAACGCGGGCCACGCGCCGCGCCACAGUGGCCGCCCGCGAUACGUCAGCGCGAAGUGUAUUUGAAACAGCGCUGCGUCUGCAGUUUCCGGAGAUGCCCGCGGUGGACGUUGAACAGGUGCUGCAGCGCACGCUCAAGAAGUGCAGCGGGAGGGUGGGCAGGACGUCGAAGCUGGGGACCGAGGACAAGGUGCGGCUGGCAGUAACGGCGCAUGCGCGGCACAUGCAUACCGACUACGACAAGCUCGUCAGGGGCGAAACGAGUCGCGAGGAUGCGAGAAAGAUGGUGCAUGGUCCUGUGCGCAGCGUCCUCGCGAGGUGGGAGGGCAGCCGUGAGAAGCCGAGUGCGUCUCGCGGACAAGAUUCGCCGAGACGGAGACUACACACACGAGCGAUGACGAGAGAAGCCUCAGAGCAGUCUUUGGGAAGCAUGGGUGGCGAGGAGGACUUGACCGAGACUACGACCUCGUCGCUAGACGAUCCUGUUCUUAUUUCGUCAGGCUCAGAAGACGACAGCGUAGACGUCUUGGUCAUAUCGUCAGACGAAGAGUGA